AUGUCCUGUUCAGCUGGCAGUGAUAAUGUUCUCGGUCCACGAGUGAGCGUUCUAUGUCGGCCUUUUGAUUUCACACUUCUUUUUGAAGAUGUGCUCUUUACGCUCUUACCAGCGAGCCUGUUCCUCCUGGUCGUGGCAGUACGUCUCUGUGUCCUUGUUCGUGCGCCGAUGAAAGUGACCUCACAUCGUUUGGCGACGUGGAAGCUUACUGUACUAGGCUUAGUGCUACUUUUCCAUCUAAUAUACCUCGCAUUUCGCAUCCAGGAUUCCCAGCUAUAUACGAGCCUGUCACUCGCUUCUAGUAUUCUAGAUGUCGUCGUUAUCAUGAUAUCGCUCCUCCUAUCAUGGGUGGAGGACCAGCGCUCGAUACGGCCGUCAGACCUGAUGAUCAUUUAUUUUGCUGUCACAACUAUUCUUUCACUGGCUCGAGCUCGCACUUUGUGGCUCUUGUCAGCCGCUACUCCCAAAUUGGCUGUUUUAUGGACACUGAUCUGUGUUGGCAGGGCUGCUGUGUUGAGCAUUGAAUCCGUACACAAGACUCAGCGUGUGCGCAUGGCAUAUCGUCAGCCAAGUAAAGAAGUUACCGCAAGCUUCUGGGUUAGAAGCUUCUUCAUCUGGGUGAUCCCGCUGUUUCGCACUGGGUUCUCAACCAUCCUUACGGUUCAUGAUAUGCCCAAUGUUGACAGCUCAUUGACAGGAGCCGAGGCUGAAAAGAAGCUUCUGACUGCAUGGAGUCGUGUGCGGCCAGGGUCCAAGCAUCGUCUGCUACGAGCAGCUUGUCAUGCAUAUUUCUUGCCAUUGAUUGGCGCCAUCAUCCCUCGACUUUGUCUCGCUGCGUUCAAGUUCUGCCAGCCGUUCCUCAUCUCGGCCACCUUGAAUUUCGUGUCUUCCCCUUCGACCCCAGAGAACAAGAUUUACGGUCCUGCAUUGGUGGGAGCGUACGUGCUCACAUACCUCGGAAUGGCUAUAUCAAACGCAGUAUACUGGCGCCAAGCAUUCCGCCUCAACACCAUGUCGCGAGCCGGGCUUAUUCCUUUGAUAUACCGACAGACUACAAAACUUCAUGCCAGGGACUUCAAAGACAAGCCCGCAAUAACUUUGAUGGGGACCGAUGUCGAGCGCAUUGUUUCUACACUCCAUGCUCUGCACGAGGUUUGGGCAGCACCAUUGGAAGUAGGAGUUGGAAUCUUUCUAUUGGAACGUCAACUGGGAGUUGCUUGCUUGAUCCCAGCAGUCAUCUCACUCAUUGCUGUUAUUGCAACCAUCCCAAUUUCCCAAAAGUCCAGUACGGCCAUCAGCAGAUGGAUUGAGCGUGUUCAAGCCAGACUGAGCGUCACAUCCAGCAUGCUGCAGGACAUGAAGUCAAUCAAAAUGCUUGGUCUGACCGAGAAGCUGUUCGAGUCGGUAUCCCAGCUGCGACGAGUGGAAUUGCAAGUCUCUGAAAAAUUUCGGAGAUUGCUUGUUUGGCAGGUCAUUCUGUCAAACAUUCCUCUCACACUUGCACCUUUUGCUACAUUCAGCAUCUUCACGAUAAUUUCUGCGACCAACGGCAGUGAGUCGCUCUUGUCAACACGAGUAUUCACCUCGCUCUCUUUGAUAUCCCUUAUGACUGCACCGCUGCUGAUUUUUCUUCAACUGCUCCCAUCUUUAUACCAGUCAAUUGCUUGUUUUGACCGCAUCGAGAUGUACUGUACCAAAAUUCCUUUCGACGUGCCAGAGGAGAAUGUGUCGACAGACUCCGUGGAACUCUCUGAGACUCUCUCAGACCCACCACCAAAUUCCCAGGAUUCAGUCGUGGAAUUCCACAAUGCAAGCCUUUCUUGGUCUCAGGAAACUUCGCCAGUCUUGUGUUGUUUGGACUUUGCCGUCAAGAGAAAGAAGAUCACGGCCAUCAUAGGACCUGUUGGAAGCGGCAAGACUACUCUCCUAGAAAGCACACUUGGUGAAACUCUUUUGAAAGCAGGGUCAAAAUCACGUUUCCAGUCAGCAGUCGCUUACUGCCCCCAGACUGCAUGGAUCGUCAAUGAUACGAUUCGCCAGAAUAUCACUGGCCCGUCAUCAUUCGACCCGAAGUGGUAUAAGUUUGUCAUCUGGGCAUGUGCUUUGGAAAAUGAUUUUGAAGAUAUUCCCGGAGGAGAUCUUUCCAAGGCCGGCAGCUCUGGGGUAACAUUGAGCGGAGGCCAAAAGCAAAGGAUUUCUCUUGCCCGAGCCCUUUAUUCGCGUGCUCCAGUCUUGGUGCUGGAUGAUGUCUUCAGUGGACUAGACAAUAAGUCAAUUACUACUAUAACGUCCCGUCUCUUCGCACCCGAUGGGCAUUUCAAAGAUUCUGGAAGAACUGUUAUCCUUGCCACGCAUAACCAUCGAGUGCUCCCAUACGCCGAUGAAAUCAUUCUGCUGGACGCAGGAAAAGUGACAGACAUCACGACGUACGACGACAUUCGCCACUCUUUACCCCAAGACAGCGACACCGAAUCCAACGAAGCCUUAUCGGAUGAACAAGUACAGAAUGUGAGCAAGCCACGGACCAAGAGCUCUGAUGCAAAUUUUCAACUGCGCGAAGAUGAAGAAACCGAUCGAGAUAUGUCUCGCAGAAAUGGCUCAUGGUCCGUUUAUGCAUAUUACCUCAAGUCCGCAGGUUGGAGGAUGAUUGUCAUUCUCGCAGCUUCAGUUGUGCUCUUUGCAUUUUCCGAUAAAUUUACAACCAUAUGGCUUCAGAGAUGGUCCGAUGCCAAUGAACAGCACCCGAAUCAAAACCCAGGGUUGUAUCUCGGCGUAUAUGCAGCCUUUUUUGGUAUUUCCUUCUUUUCUCUUGUUGCUGCCUGCUGGGCGUUGUUUGUCCGAGUCAUCAAUAACACAGGUCUAAUGAUGCAUGCCCAUUUACUGAGAUCUACUUUGAAUUUUUUCCAAAAGGUUGAUGCUGGGCUGACAACGAAUCGGUGUGUGUUCCUGGUCUCUGAAUGGCAUAAGUCAUUCAGCCAGGACAUGGAACUCAUUGACAUGAGUCUGCCAAGUCAAGCAAUCAACACAUAUCUUGGAUUUUCCAACUGUUGCGUUCAGCUUGUCAUCCUGUGCGUCAUGGGAAAGUAUCUGACAAUAACUGUCCUUGCCUUAGCGCUCAUUCUGUACUUUGUUCAGAGCUAUUAUCUGCGUACAUCUAGACAAGUGCGUCUGCUCGACAUUGAAGCAAAAUCCCCUUUGUUCACACAUUUCGUGGAGACCAUGCAAGGCAUGGCUGUCAUUCGAGCCCUGAAAUGGAAGAUGCCAUUCCAAGAACACUUGGAGGAUGCACUCAAUCGGUCCCAAAAGCCAUUCUACAUGCUUUUCUGCAUUCAGCAAUGGUUGCAAUUGGUGCUCGACUGUGUCGUUAUGGCUCUCGCGGUUAUACUGGUAUCGCUGGUCGUUUCAUUGAAAAGCCAAUUCAGUGCGGGCUCCAUCGGUGUCGCCCUGAACCUGAUCUUGAGUUUCAAUACAGAUCUUAUGAUCUUGAUCAAGUCUUGGACCAUACUUGAGACUUCUAUCGGGGCAGUCUCGCGUGUUCAAAGCUUUGUCAACGACACACCAUCAGAGAUUCAGCCCGAAGAUAGCAUGUCCGAACCUCCGACUCAGUGGCCUACUUUUGGAGAAGUCAAUUUAAAAAAUAUCGUGGCGAGAUAUAGCCCUGAUGCCUCGCCAGUAUUGAAUGACGUCUCUCUCUCAAUCAAACCAGGCGAGAAAAUCGCAAUUUGCGGGCCAUCGGGCAGCGGGAAGACAUCACUAAUCCUCGGGCUGCUGCAAAUGAUUGAACUGCAAAGUGGCAGCAUCCAGAUAGACGGAGUGGAUAUCAGCACAUUCCAAUGCCACGAGGUGCGCUCUCGUAUCAACGUAAUCUCACAGGAGCCAUUCUUCAUGCCUGGUACCCUGAGAUUUAACCUGGAACGUGGGACUACCACCAGUGUCCUCUCAGACGCAAGUCUCAUAGAUGCCCUGGAGACUGUAGGUCUAUGGAGAAAGAUUACUAAUUUGGAUGGAGGGCUUGACCAGUCAUUAUCAGUAGCAGACUGGUCAAUGGGUGAGCGUCAGCUUCUUGCUCUGGCACGCGCAAUAGUGAUGAAGAGUUCAAUACUGGUACUGGACGAGGCGACUAGCAGUGUGGACUGGGAGACUGAAGCCAUGAUGCAGACCAUCAUCGAACGCGAGUUUACAUCUCAGACAGUAAUUUCAGUGGUACACCGUCUGCGCUUUAUAGAACGAUUUGACCGAGUUGCCUUGAUGAAGCAGGGCCACCUCAUUGAAUGUGAUCGACCUCAGACUUUGCUAUCGACACGAUCCGAGUUUCAUGCGUUUUGUCAUACAAGACAAGGCGAGUGA